UCUUCUUGUCAUUCCUCUGCAGGUAAAGGCUUCGUUGAAUCUUCUUUCUCUUUAUUAUGUCUUUCUUUCUUAGAUCUCAAAAGUAGAGUGAUUGAUUAACCCUAAUUAAUCAAUUGUUCUUGGAUAAUACAAUUUCACCUAAUGAUUGAUUGAGAUUAUCACCACCGGAUCUGAUAACUGCCGUCUGUCUGUGAAUUACAAGAAAUUGAAGACGACGAUUCGAUCUUUGCUUCUUUGGGCAAAUUAGAGAUGCAGGCAUCAUCACGAGCGAGACUGUUUAAGGAAUACAAAGAGGUUCAGCGUGAGAAAGUAGCUGAUCCAGAUAUUCAAUUGGUGUGUGACGAUACCAACAUUUUCAAAUGGACCGCUCUUAUCAAGGGACCGUCUGAGACGCCUUAUGAAGGCGGAGUUUUUCAGCUUGCAUUUGCUGUUCCUGAACCGUAUCCUCUACAACCUCCUCAAGUUCGAUUCUUGACCAAGAUAUUUCAUCCAAAUGUGCACUUCAAGACAGGGGAAAUAUGCCUCGACAUACUCAAGAAUGCGUGGAGUCCCGCUUGGACGCUUCAGUCCGUUUGUAGAGCCAUCAUAGCAUUGAUGGCUCAUCCUGAACCGGACAGUCCUCUUAACUGCGACUCAGGUAAUCUUCUUAGAUCUGGGGAUGUGAGAGGGUUCAAUUCAAUGGCAAGCAUGUACACACGCCUCGCCGCUAUGCCUAAAAAAGGAUGAUGAUACUCUCUUUUCGAUUUCGUUAAUGAUAAAAUGAUUUGCGACAAGUGAAGAAUACAUUAUUUCAGUUUACAAGCAGAUGUUUCUUCUUCUUAUUAUUAGUUUACAGUUUUACCAAUAUUACAAUUGGACAUGUCAUGUCCACCGGUUUAUGUAAGGAAUUUGUCAAACCAGUCUGAUGACUCUUUGAUCAUAAAACUCGUCACUUCGUGUC